AUGCCAAUGUUUGAUGAGUACGGCGUGAAGGGUCUCAAGCAUGAUGCUGAAAGGCAUAGCAACUUUGAUCAAGCCUUAGUUGCCUACACCCUGCGGACGUUUCUGAUAGCUCCGUGCGUCCUGCGUCUUCGCUGCAUCCACUACAUCAUCCCUGACACCGCCUAUGCGUGCAGACGCUCCUACGAUUUGCUAUGCAGCCAAGCAUCGUAA